AUGGCGCUGAUACAGACCUCGCUCAUCUGGGUCGCCUACGCUGUGGCCGUGGCAAUCCUCUUCCUCAUCGCGUCCACAUUCGUCUACGUCUACCAGAAGCCGCGCGACCGCGCCGCUGCCGUCACCAUCGUCUGCAUCUUCACCACCCUCGCCCUGCUCGCGACAGUUCUGCUCAUUCCCGUCGAUGUCGCCCUCGUCUCAUCUACGUCCAAAUCCAGUCUAGGCCGCAAAAAAGAUUGGGCGACGCCUGAAAAGGUCGAUAGCAUCGUCUACACGCUGCGCAUCGUUUACUACACGCUCUACUCGCUCGACGCGAUUCUCUGUCUUCUGGUCAUCCCGUUUACCUACUUCUGGUACGAGGAGUACGAUGAGGAUGCCGCCGAGCAUGGCGAGCAGACGGCUGGCCAGCGCAUUGGAGGAGCGCUGAAAUGGACUCUUGGCUUCCUCAUCUUCGUCGUCGCCAUCUUCCUCGUUGGCUUCUUCGUUCCCUUUGCGAAGCAAGCCAAAGAUGACAAGCGCCUCGAUCUCGACUACUUCAAGCACCUGCUAUCCGAGAACCAUGGCGAACGCGCCCUAUCCUUUGGCCUCGGCUUCCUCAUAACCGUCGGCACCAUUCUCUUCGUCCUCUACACCGGCGCCGGCAUGGCUCUCCUCCCCGUCGCCAUGAUCAAAUCCGCGCCCUCCGUCUCGGCCCCUACCCUCGCCGCCAACACCGCAUCCCAGCUAGAGAGCAACCGCGAGCGCCAACGCCAGCUCGAGGGCCGCAACGAAGGGAGCGAAAACGGCCUCGACAGCCGUGACCGCCGCGAACUCGAAGCUCUCGUCCGCGAAGAGCGUACCCUCAUCCGUCGCGAGCGUCUUGCUGCUGAAUCCUCCGGCCAAGACCGCCAUUGGAUCGUCAAAGCGUGGAUAAAGACGGAAGCCUUUUUCCGUCCUCUCAAGCUCGUUGGUGGACUCAUCCUAAUGGUCUUUGCCCUUGUAAUCUUCGCCUCCAUGCUCAUCACCGGUAUUGACAAGGCGAAAAACUCCAUUUGCGGCGCCCACUGCGGCUACAUCCUCGGCCACAUCAACAUCUUCCAGCCGCUAAACUACAUCCUCGUCAAGUCCGCCAAGGUCUUCCCCAUCGACUACAUUCUGUUCCUUCUGCUCGUCCUCUUCUUCUUCUCCGCCUCUGUCGUCGGGAUCGCGACUGCCGGUAUCCGCUUCCUGUGGAUUACCAUCUUCAAGAUCCGCAAGGGACACACUUCGCCUCAGGCACUCCUCAUGGCUACCGUCUUGCUGACACUCAUUACCCUCGCCAUCAACUACUCCGUCGCCAUGGUCGUUGCUCCUCAAUAUGCUACCUGGGGCCCGCAGACGUACUGCGACAUGAAGACCAACAGCCUCGACGAACAACCUGAUUGCACAGAACACAAGGACCUCAUCAAGUCGUGUAGCGAACUCGCCACCAAUCCCGCUGCCCAGCAAGUCUGCACGCCCUCCGUUCUAUCAACUUUCAUCAACCGCGUCACCAUCAAUUUCCCCUUUUUCGGCGUCGUCCUCUUCUGGGCUCAGUUCGCCUUCUUGGGCGUUUACCUGGUCGUCUUCUUGACUACGCUGUUCAAGGCUCCCAGUCUGGAUCAGGAACAGAUCGACCGUGAUUUGGAGGAGGAGGAGGAAGAGGGGCUCUUGGCUAGCACGGGACGGAGGUUUGGUGCUGCGUGGAGUGAUGUCACUGGUCGUGCUAGGAAGCCGGCGGGCUAUGGCGCGACUGAGAGAGAUGAGAGGAUUCAGUAA